GUCCAGACCACAAGACGCAUUCCGCCGUCACAUACGAUACUUUUUGCCUUCAUGUCUGCCACACUAAUAAGGAGGUCCCUUUUGAAGGCAGCACCCUUGGUGGGGGGGACAGUGGUGGUGCUAGUUGAGAAGGAAAGAGACAAGCUGCCCAUAUACCCUAUCUCUUCCCCCGAUAUCGUGUUGCUGGACACCCCUUCAACGCUCGAGAUACAAAUCGGAACGGUCCGGAAGAAGUUCACCAAGACAUACUCGGACGCAUAUUCGCAAGUUCAGGGCGUAGUUUCCAAGUGGAUUGGUGUCGAGCAUGCUAUUGAAAGUCGGGUGAAAGCUCUCAUCCCUCCUACGGAAUCCAUAACACCAGGAAUUCUCUAUGUGGGAAUUGCAACCCUCAGCGGAUCCAUAAUAGCGCGAAACCGUUUGUUAGUCACUCGUCUAAUACUACCGCCUACAUUAUUCGUCCUUUCCAUGAACCAUUUCCUCCCACAAACGUUCGCCAACAUCUCCGAGUAUCUUGGCUCGCUCGAAGACACCUACUUCCCAACUGUUGCACAGAAGCAUGCCGUCGCCAACGCGCACACUAGGAUGGGCUUGGAGAUGUUGCAGGAAUCUGCUGCAAACGGAAAGCAAAAGUUCGAUGCAGGCGUGGAGACGACUGUUGACAAGAUCCAAGAGUCAACGGGCCUGAAGCUCAGGGAGGCUAUGGGCUGGGGAAAGAGCGUCACGGAAAAGGUAGAGAGCAAAGUAUUAGAUGCUGUCAACGCUGUAGAAAAGAAGGAGGAGUCCCCCAAAACAGACGAGAAAUUCGUUUAAUAGAGAUAUCUUUGCCCUUCCCUGGCGCCUUUCCCGAAACUUCUUCGAACUGGUGCUCCUCAACCCCUUGUCCCCUGCGCU